AUGUUAUCCACAGGCAUACCUCAUCAUAGCUACAUUGGUGCUCCGACGUUGUUAAACGGUCAUACGUCCACCAUCGAGUCUUUGUCGUCAAACGGACUUUCAUCAUACUCGUUUUCCCAUCACCCGAAGUCAAUGAUGAAUAAGCGACAUCACCCUUACGGUUCCCCAAGCCCCGGAGGACUCCAACCCCUGGGCCAUCUUGGUAGCGGUUCACCGACAACAGGACCAAUCCGUCGCAGAAUCAGCAGAGCUUGCGAUCAAUGCAACCAACUAAGAACAAGAUGUGAUGGUAAAAUGCCAUGCCAACAUUGUAUCGUUAGAACGUUGGUUUUAACCGGUGAGUUGGGUGUUCUUGUAGACUUCAACCUUGACUGCAAAUACAAUCGAGAGCGUAAGAAGCGAGGCAAGGCAUCAAGAAAAGAUAUUCAAAAUGCACAAGCUGCUGCUGCUGCUGCGGCCGCUGCAACCUCUACGCCUACCGCUGGUGGGUCUGUCGAGGAGAAUGGCGAAUCACAAACCCCAGUGGCCAUGAUGCCUACAUCUGCAUCAAGGGAAUCUUUCUCUGAGCUGCCACCACCGCCUCGUCCAGACUUGGGAUUUCCAAGGCCCAAUAGGUCAUCUGUUGGCUCCACACAUACAGCAUCCAGUGACCAAAGCGAUUUCUCUCCAAGCCAAAUGCAACAGCAACACCACCACCAUAGACUGCCAUCUCAACAUCACCACCACUUGCCAACACCAGACUCGCCUACCCAUAUGGCCCAUAUAAGCGAUCAAUCUUUUGCGCAAGUGCCAUAUGGGAGGAUGCCUCAGUACCAGCCCCAACAAAACGGCCUGAUGAGUGGCGCCAGAAUGCUCCCGCACCCUCAACUCCAGACUCAUGCUGCCCAGCCGAUGCCUAACCAAAGCUAUGGCCACGACUUCAUGAUGAUCUCUCCUCAACAUCAAGCCGGGCCUCAAGGUGGUUUGAGUCUAUCGAGUGCAGGCAUCUCACCACUGGCGGGUCUUCUGGGCCAAUCUCCGGACAAUCAGUCCCCUGGCUGGCUCUCAUUGCCAUCGCCACCUACUCCAAUGCACUCGAAUCCAAAUCAUCUGAGGUACCCCGUCCUUUUGCCUAUUCUCCCCCACUUGCAACAAAUAAUUCCAACACAUCUUGCUUGCGAACUUCUAGAUCUCUUCUUCCUGAAUCCGAUUCUCUCAUUCUUCCAGCCGGCGUCUCCGUAUGUUCUAUGCCACGUCUUGCGGAAGAAGUCAGUUCUGCAUCCGACACAUCCUCGAUUGACUACGCCGGCACUCCUGGCAUCGAUGCUCUGGAUUGCGGCUCAGACUUCGGAUGCUCCAGCCCUUACGGUUUCUCCCAGUGCUCGGGGCCGGAUUUGCCAGAAACUGCUGGAGAUGUGCAUUGGUUUUCUGAGACCGUUGGUCCAUAUUCCCCUGGGUUCAGUGGCGGUCGGCUCCUCCCACUCAUCGCAUGAGAACGAAAACGCGGGAAUGGGGCUUGGAGGUUUAGCAUCACCAGGCCCAACAGGUAGAGAAGGUGUUGUGGGAGCUGCUGGGACUGUUGACGAUAUUCUUACGUAUAUACAUUUAGCUACAGUUAUUUCUGCUUCGGAGUUUAAAGGCGCAUCUUUACGAUGGUGGAACGCGGCAUGGGCUCUAGCAAGGGAGCUCAGACUGAACAGGGAAGUUAGUGACCAACCGGAACUAGAACAGGAGGAAGGAGUCGUACCAAAUACACGGUCAACAAUCGGCGAAGAGGAAAAAGAAGAGAGGCGCAGGAUUUGGUGGUUAUUGUAUAUUGUCGAUAGACACCUUGCCUUGUGCUACAACCGACCAUUAGCUCUUCGAGAUAUUGAGUGCGUUGAUUUGCUACAGCCAAUGGAUGAUACGAGAUGGCAGAACGGUGAUUUCUACGGGUCCCAUGAGAACAGCAAUGGGCAAGACCUCGCGGACCCGUUCCAUCCCUUGAAUCAGGUACCUAACAUUUAUGCCUCUAACCCUUCACCUCCACCAUCGAUCUCAUCAAAUCCUCAACAGGCAAAUCGAUGUGCGGGACCAACAAUCCAGGUCACAGGACCAAGUCUCUUCGGUUUCUUCCUCCCUCUCAUGACAAUUCUGGGAGAAAUAGUGGACCUUCAUCACGCAAGGAAUCAUCCAAGACUCGGGCAGGGUUUCGGUGGCUCUGGUGCAGAUUGGGAAGACCAAGUUGCAGAGAUCCAGAGCCAACUCGACAUGUACGAACGAAGCCUGUCAGACUGGGAGCAUAAUAGGCUUGAUACCGACCAAGAGAAACCACGCGACGAUGCUGUUAAUAUGAAUGGACAGCAACAGGCCGCUGAAACACUCCCCGAAACUACCGAGGCUCGUCUGCAGGGUAACAAUGGCGACACAUUAACAGAUCCUGCUAUUGCCCCUCCACCAGCUCCUGCCGCCGAUAAGUCUUCUUCUCCUCUUUCCGGGGACCAAAUGCAGAAAAAGAUUGCUCUAGCAUACGGAACACAUGUUCUUCAUGUUCUCCACAUACUCCUAUCUGGAAAAUGGGACCCCAUUAGCAUGCUUGACGAUAACGAUCUGUGGAUUUCGUCGCCCGGUUUCAUCUCUGCUACCGCGCAUGCCGUCUCAGCAGCGGAAGCGAUAGGAAACAUCCUCAAAUACGACCCCGAUUUAAGUUUUAUGCCAUAUUUCUUCGGUAUCUAUCUGCUCCAAGGUAGCUUCCUUCUUCUUCUUAUCGCAGAUAAACUUCAAGGGGAGGCGUCGCAGGCAGUUGUUGGUGCUUGUGAAACUAUCGUCAGGGCUCACGAAGUGUGUGUGGUUACUCUAAACACGGAAUACCAACGAAACUUCCGUAAAGUCAUGCGAUCCGCACUAGCCCAAGUACGUGGCAGAUGCCUACCCGAAGACAUGGAAGAACAGAAGCAAAGACGCAGAGAAGUCCUUAUGCUUUACCGAUGGUGUGGGGAUGGGCAUGGUUUGGCACUUUGA